AUGCGGUUAUUACUCCUGCUCAUCAUUUCGAUCUCGUUUUCCCCUUCUCAUCAAACUCGUGCAAAUGUCAAUUUUCCGGAUUUACUUGUUACCAAUCAAUAUUUACUAGUUCGCCAAUUCGGAUGUCUCAUUCAUUUUGAGAGUGGAAUUGACACUGGAAUGUGCCCAAGAAGCUCAAAACUGCAAUUAAGUCGACAAGAUGUUUGUGUUAGAGAUAACACAAAUCUUCAUCUCAUUCGUGAUCCAGAAGGCAAACAUGCUCCAAAACUGGGAUGGAUUCGAUACUCGAACUUACAAGUUCAAAUAAAUAUUUUGGAUAUCAAUCGAGAUGCGAUUUUCAAUGGCGAAGGCGACAAAAAUCAUCCAGAAUACAUUAUAAAACAGGGAGCCGAUAAAACACAUUCUAAGAUUAUCGCAGUAAACAAUUGGCAAAAUGCGUAUCAAGAACAUGGUUCAGAUAUGGUAAGUGUUUUCUUUAAAAUCUUCAAAAAAAAAGAACUGUUGCAGAAAAACGUCUAUUCUCUCUAUGACCCAACAACUCGAUCAUUCUACAUUAUUGAUAACAGAUUCUCCGAAACAAAAUUAGAUAUUUUAUAUAUCCACAAUAUUUUCAACAAUAAAACAAGUGUUUCAUCAAUUGGCAAAUUUCUUCAAAAUUCAAGAUCCUCUCCAAUUCACGUAAACAACAAACAACGAUUUGGUUGGACACAAGAUCCAUAUAAACAAACUGUUUAUUAUAAAGAAUUGAAUGGUGGAACCACAGUUUACGAAUUCCCAAUCUCCAAACUUUACGAAGUUUUAUUUGAUGGAAUUUCUGGAAAAGCGAUUCGUACUAGUUAUCAGAAUUCGGAAAAUUAUAUGGUUUCAGGUGGAUUGUUGACUGAUCGAACAUUUUCGGAAAAUCAGGGAACAAGAACAGUUACCACCAGUUUCAGGUUUGUUUUCGAAAAUCUGAGAAACCUUGUAUUAAAAAUUGUAAAUAAAAAUUGCAGACCAGAAAACACGACUUUGCUAAACCUUGGAAUUCAAUGCCAUUAUGAUGAAUUGGUCAAGGAACAUGUUCAUCCACUUCACAGUGCAAUGAUUGUUAUUCGGUAACUUUUUUUGCAAUAAUUUUACUAUGGGAUAGGUUUUUCAGCAAAGAUUUUUCUGAAAAAAGUUUUAGUUCGAAAGCUUAAUUCGGGAAGGGAGAAUUCCAGAAAAAAAAAACAAAAGUAGAAGAACACUCCAAAAAUCCAAAUUUUCAGCGAUGAUGAUUAUUGUUUGAUUCGAUACGGCGAAAAAGGCUUGAAAGCAUGUCAAAAUGAAAGAGAAGAUUGGUUUGCUGUAAAAGGACUUGUCAUUGAACACGAAGAUCCAAUCAAAUGGCUUAUUGUCACAAUUAUCAUUCUAGUUAUGGUAAGUUCCUUCUAAUAAAAAAAACAUACUAAUUCAAAAUUUUCCAGCUCCUUGUCCUUCUUUUGGUAUAUGUUUAUUGGUUGCGUUCGACUUUUGUUUUUGAUACUGAAAACAGUAGACAUGAUGUAAGUGUUCUAAAAAAAUAUACUUAGAAGGAAAGUCUUUUGAUGUUCCCCCCUGAAAUAAAAUGAGACUAGGUGGAAUCAACUACAUAUUGAUAGGUAAGAAAAAGCCCAACGGGAUUAAGGAAAUAAAAAUCUAUUUCAGGAGUUACGGUAACUCCUCAAAUUUUGAGAUAAAAAGCCUAUGAUUUCAAAAAAUCGUAGUUUGGCUCAAAGUUAACGAAAAUGAUCGGUCAAAAAUGCAUUUUGAUGCUAAAGUGCUCAAUUUUUUAGCUAAAUGGCGCUCGUAAUCUCAAAAAAUUUUUCAAAAUGAAAAUUUUUCAAAAAAUGACCCCUUUCUCAAAAUGUUGAAAUUUCACCUCUAAAACGCUACGAGGGAAGAACGACGUCCGACGCACCGUGUUCUACGUCAAAAAUUACGUAUAUUGACAUAUUUAAAUAUAAUACCUACCGACCUUUUAACCUGGGAAAAAAAUGAUUUCAAAAUUUUUCACACAAAAAAUCAUGUUUUCUCAGAAUAAAAUCAUUUUUUUGAAACAGUAAUCAUUAUUUCUUUGUUAUUUUUUUCUCAAAACAUAUUUUCUGAUUGUUUUUCACCUUUUUGUAUGAUUUCUGAAAAAUUAAAAAAUUUCAGUUUUCAUAUCAUCGAUUUUGGAACCACUUCGAAAAUUAAAAAUCAAUUAUAGCUCGAUGAUAGAAGUUAAGGACUUUUUGGAAGUUCUAACGCAUUACAUCAUUUUUUGCAACUGGGAAAAACACUUUUAAUAAUGUAUCUGUCAACGGACAAUUUUAGAGACCUUCGAAAAAAUUAUCGAUAAAAGUUGUUUCAUUAAAUAAUUCUUGCCAUUUUUUCUCAAGACGAUUAUUUUCAUCUGGGAAUUGGAAGUUCAGAUGUAUAAUUGGAAGUGUUUUUCCCAGUUGCAAAAAAUGAUGUAAUGCGUUAGAACUUCCAAAAAAGUCCUUAACUUCUAUCAUCGAGCUAUAAUUGAUUUUUAAUUUUCGAAGUGGUUCCAAAAUCGAUGAUAUGAAAACUGAAAUUUUUUAAUUUUUCAGAAACCAUACAAAAAGGUGAAAAACAAUCAGAAAAUAUGUUUUGAGAAAAAAUAACAAAGAAAUAAUGAUUACUGUUUCAAAAAAAUGAUUUUAUUCUGAGAAAACAUAAUUUUUUGUGUGAAAAAUUUUGAAGUCAUUUUUUUCCCAGGUUAAAAGGUCGGUAGGUAUUAUAUUUAAAUAUGUCAAUAUACGUAAUUUUUGACGUAGAACACGGUGCGUCGGACGUCGUUCUUCCCUCGUAGCGUUUUAGAGGUGAAAUUUCAACAUUUUGAGAAAGGGGUCAUUUUUUGAAAAAUUUUCAUUUUGAAAAAUUUUUUGAGAUUUCGAGCGCCAUUUAGCUAAAAAAUUGAGCACUUUAGCAUCAAAAUGCAUUUUUGACCGAUCAUUUUCGUUAACUUUGAGCCAAACUACGAUUUUUUGAAAUCAUAGGCUUUUUUAUCUCAAAAUUUGAGGAGUUACCGUAACUCCUGAAAUAGAUUUUUAUUUCCUUAAUCCCGUUGGGCUUUUUCUUACCUAUCAAUAUGUAGUUGAUUCCACCUAGUCUCAUUUUAUUUCAGGGGGGAACAUCAAAAGACUUUCCUUCUUAAAAAAAAAGAUUUUCGCUAUUUACAAUUUUAAAGUUCUUUGAAAUGGUAACAGCUGUUCGACGAAAAAAAUGCAUCAAAAAUCUCUAUUUUUCCAGUAUGAAACCAACGAAGCCUCCUUAUUUGUCGCCAAACAACGCAGUUUCCCAUCUGUUUAUCCAGACCCAGCUCUUUUAGAUGUUUCAGUUGAUAAAUGGAACUGA